AUGAAGGAGUCAGCUCUUGUCCAGACUGAGGUGAGGAGGGGGCAGAAGGGAAAGGCAGUCUUUAGGGGUGCAGCCAUGCGUGCAGCCGCUGCUCAGCCUCAGAGACAAUGGAUGCAGAUGGCCGUCCUGCUGCACAUGUGGCCCAGUCCUGUAACGGACGCCAUGCAGACGGGCUCCUCCAGCUGCCUGCCUCAAAUUGCCCUAUACGGCUGCUAUAGUGUCACUGGCCUGUGUGUGUCGACGUCCAUUAUGAUGAAUUAUUUAGGCGUUUGUCGUGACCUGCUGCUGAGCCCCAGUUGGCGUCUGCUGCAGUGGGUGUGCAUGGCUGAUCGGGCUGCACUCAGUUCGGUCAGGGCGCUCGGUAAGGUGACCCAGUGUGCGGUGCUCUGUGUAAAAUGUGACCCAUGUGGAGUAAUCUGA